UUAAAGUACAUUUUCCUGAUUAUACUCACAAACGUUUGCUCACAAAAUGCUGAACUAUUCCUUUAAAAUAUUGAUUAUUGCAGCUUUAACUUUGUUCACAUGUUCAGCUGAUAAUGAACAGUUUUUACAGCACAAACCUUUGUUGGUUUGCGCUGAAAUGUCACGUUUUACAUUCUGUCAUGUUCCCCUGCUGCUCUUUCAGGUUAUUUUCGCGACGGACGAAUGGUUCGCUCCGGCUGCAAACCUGCUGAAGAGAGAGACGCCACAGUUCGUCGCCUCUGCCUUCACCGAGUUUGGAAAGUGGAUGGACGGAUGGGAGACGAGGAGGAAGAGGAUACCUGGUCAUGACUGGUGCAUCGUCCGGCUCGGAGUGCCGGGGCUGAUCGCCGGCUUCGACGUCGACACGUCCUUCUUCACUGGAAACCACUCGCCCCGCGUCUCCAUCCAGGCCGGAUGCCUGGACAAACCCCCGACCUUCACCCUGGAAGGAGACCGAACCGGCACUGCCGCCUCUGACAGUCAGCUGGCUGCUGUCGCCAAGCUGGGCUCGGAGGCGUGGCCGGAGCUGGUGCGUGUGUCGGAGCUGAAACCUGGAUACUCAGACUGCUGCCAUAACUACUUCCAGGUCAACUUCAACCACAGAGUCACACACCUGCGCCUCAACAUGUACCCAGAUGGAGGGAUAUCCAGACUGCGGGUGUAUGGCGUCGGGCAGAGAGACUGGUCGUCUGUCUCCAUCCACCAGGAUGUUGACCUGGUGGCUCUGACCAAUGGGGGAGUCUGCCUCGGCUACAGCGACGCCCACUUUGGGCAUCCACGCAACAUGAUUGGCCUCGGUCGAGCUGCCAACAUGGCUGACGGAUGGGAAACAGCUCGUAGACUGGACAGACCCAAAGAACUGAAGGCGGACCAGCGGGGGAUCCUGCAGGUGCCUGGUUCGGAGUGGGCGGUGUUCCGCCUCGGUCACCCCGGAGUCAUCAGCGGCGUCGAGGUCGACACCAACCACUUCAAAGGUAACUUCCCGGACUCCUGCAGCGUCCAGGCGUGCGCUUUGACCCCCGAGGAGGAGGCUGAGUGCAUCGGGACCAGGUGGAGGUCCGGGAGAUGGCAGGUCCUUCUCCCCCCACAGAAACUUCGUCCUCAUCACAGGCAUCUCUACAGCCAGGCGGAGCUGACGCCGGGCCCGCCCGUCACUCACGUUCGUCUCAUCAUCGCCCCGGAUGGAGGAGUCAGCCGGCUGCGGCUCUGGGGUCGACCCGCGCCGCUCGCCGCGGCUCCGACCAAUCGGCAGAUGCCAGCAUCCAAACUCUGAUGCUCGUCCUGCAUCAGUGAACUGGACACACAGAGACGACGUCAGGGUUUCGAUCUGUGUUUAAUGACGUGUCCGACAAGUGUGGGAACUAAACACGACAUUGUACAAAUAAAACACCAAGUCACA